CACAGUGCAUCCUGUUUCUAGGGUCCUCUCAGAGCCCCCCCAAGUGAGAAGGAAAAAAAAAAGUCUUCCACCCAGUCAGCUGGAGCACAGGGAUGCCUGACAAAAACUGGGUGGUCCAGAAAACUCGGUGUUACGGUUCUGACGCUGCUCCCGCUGCUGUCCCCCACCAGACGAUAUGAUGUCUGCUGUAGAGCCCGGGGUGUACCACCCUGCUCAGCUGCUCAGAUGGGUCUACAUGUCUCUGCAGGACCCUCCGGGCAGCACUUUGGAUGGCUACAGACUCGAAUCGGACUCGUCAGCUCAGGACGUGAAGGAGCGCUGCAGCACAGCUGAUCUGGGYUCCAACUAUCUGAACAACUUCUUCCAUCUCAACAGUGAGGCCUUGAGUAAAAAUUUCCACAAAGGGUCAUCCCCAUACAGAUCCCUCAGCAACAUUGUGGACGGCCUGAACUCUCUGGCGGAUCAUUUCUCAGACCUCUCCCUGUCCCCCGAAACACACAAACCCAGCAAAAAGCCUCCUCCCAACUACCUGUGCCACCUUUGCUUCAACAAAGGACACUACAUCAAAGACUGUCCUCAGGCUCGACCAAAAGGAGAAGGCCUGACCCCGUAUCAGGGAAAGAAGAGGUGCUUCGGUGAAUACAAAUGCCCUAAAUGCAAGAGGAAGUGGAUGAGCGGGAACUCCUGGGCCAACAUGGGACAAGAAUGUAUCAAAUGCCACAUCAAUGUUUAUCCUCACAAACAGAGACCUCUGGAGAAACCAGAUGGUUUAGACGUGUCGGACCAGAGCAAAGAGCAUCCGCAACAUCUGUGUGAGAAAUGUAAAGUCCUGGGCUACUACUGCCGCCGCGUGCAAUAACACACCCCGCUUGCCUUAAUCUACGUACUCCUUCAAAGAUUUAUGAAAAGAAACCAGAACAUUUUAGUUUCUAAACACUUUUUCUUUGUACUGUGAUGAUUCUAACUAUGCUUAUGAAAUAUCCUCUCAAAAUAAGAGGCACUUUCAUCAACAUCUCAAUGGAGAUGAGUACUUCCUUAUUUCCACAGUUUUAAGUAUUUUUAAGUGAAAUCUCUCUGAACCAAAUAUUCUACCAACUGUGAACUAAGAAGCUUUGGUUUCGUGUCGGAUUUCUGAUUAUUCAACAAAUCAUGAAGUUUUAGAUAGAAAUUCUCUUUAUACGUUUGAAAAUAACUGUAAAUCUUUUUUUUUUUUGCUGUAUAAAAUAUGCAAGGUUUUUACUAAGACAGUUCUGCAGUAUUAACAUGUUAGGGUUCUGUUUUAUCAGUACUGUUUGGUACAUUUAUUUCCUGAAUAUAUUUUGAAGCCAAGAGUUUUUGUUGGAUAUAAGGAUUUUAUUAGCCAAACAACAGUUAGUCUUUAUAUUAAGUGCUACAGUUUGUUGUGAACAUGUUUUAAAUAUGGUCAAAAUCUUGUUUAAAACCAGUAUUUUACUAAUACCAUUUAUGGAUACAUAUUUGUGUCAGGAAUCGUAGCAUAUGAAGGGAAAAGUUGUAUGUAGUUGUUGCUCUCAAUAUUUUUACUGAAAUUAAAUGGAAAAAAAGUUCUACUUAAGAAUGUGUGUAAUCCCAUAUAAUGUGCCUUCACUUGAAUAACACUUGAUGAAUUUCUAUGUUGAGUAUUCUUGUAUUAAAAUGCAUUUAAUGUUC